AUGGCAGCUGCAACUAAUCUCCCCACCACGGGCACGACCGAUCACAUCAAUCCCGCCGACGUCGACCAAUAUGACUUCGUGAUCGUAGGCGGCGGCACAGCAGGCUGUGUCAUUGCAUCUCGCCUCUCCGACUACCUUCCCAAUAAACGAGUCCUCCUCAUCGAAGCCGGACCAUCAGACUUCAUGGACGACCGCGUACUACUUCUCAAAGACUGGUUGAAUCUACUUGGCGGCGAGCUAGACUACGAUUACCCAACCACUGAACAGCCGCAGGGCAACUCGAACAUCCGUCACUCCCGAGCCAAAGUGCUAGGUGGUUGCUCAAGUCACAAUACUCUGAUCAGCUUUCGACCAUUCGAGUACGAUUGCCAGCGAUGGGUGGAGCAGGGUUGCAAGGGAUGGGAUUUCAAGACCUUCACCAGAUGUCUGGAUAAUCUGAGGAAUACUGUGCAGCCAGUGCAUAACAGGCACAGGAAUCAGCUCUGCAUGGAUUGGGUCAAGAGCUGCUCAGAGGCACUGGACAUCCCAGUCAUUGAGGACUACAACAAGGAGAUCAGGAAUACGGGUGCUCUCAAACAGGGUGUGGGCUUCUUCUCGGUAUCAUAUAACCCAGAUGAUGGACGACGAAGCAGCGCUAGUGUAGCAUAUAUCCACCCAAUCUUGAAGGGCGAAGAGCAGAGGUCAAACUUGACGAUCUUGACGAAUUGCUGGGUCAGCAAGCUCAACGUCAAGGACUCAAAGGUCGAAGGCUUGAACAUUACACUCCGAGACGGCACGAAACACACUUUACGGCCGAAAUGCGAGACCAUCCUCUGUGCGGGUGCGGUCGAUACACCACGCCUCAUGCUCUUGUCUGGCCUCGGACCGAAGCAGCAACUCAACGAACUCGGCAUCCCAGUCGUGCGAGACAUCCCAGGCGUAGGUGAGAAUCUGCUCGACCACCCAGAAAGUAUCAUCCUUUGGGAGCUCAACAAGCCGGUACCAAUUGAUCAAACAACCAUGGACUCAGACGCUGGAAUCUUUCUGCGGCGACAGCUUCCCAACGCAGCUGGCAAAGACGGAGAUAUCGCCGAUGUGAUGAUGCAUUGCUACCAGAUCCCAUUUGUCUUCAAUACCGCGAGGUUGGGGUACGAGACACCCAAGGAUGCGUUCUGCAUGACUCCCAAUAUCCCACGACCACGAUCAAGAGGCAAGCUGUAUCUUGUCAGCAAGGAUCCCAACGUCAAGCCAGCACUGGACUUCAAAUACUUCACCGAUCCCGAAGGCUACGAUGCCGCAACGAUUGUCGCUGGCCUCAAAGCCGCGCGAGAAAUCGCCAAACAAGCUCCCUUCUCGGACUGGAUCUCCAAGGAAAUCGCUCCCGGUCCAGCUAUCACCUCGGAUGAAGACCUAUCUGAAUACGGUCGGCGAGUGGCGCAUACAGUCUACCAUCCAGCGGGGACAACGAAGAUGGGUGAUGUGUCUCGGAACCACAUGGCUGUCGUUGAUCCGCAGCUGAAGAUCCGAGGGCUGCAGGGUGUAAGGAUUGCGGAUGCGGGUGUGUUCCCGGAGAUGCCGACGAUUAAUCCUAUGUUGACUGUUCUUGCUAUCGGAGAGCGAGCAGCCGAGAUGGUUGCGCAAGAGUGGGGGUGGGAGGGUAUGGCUAGGCCUAGACUGUAG